AUGGCCUCAAAGCGACAAAACUCACCCCAACCACCUCCAACCUUCACAGCAACCCCAACUUCAAUCAUCCAUGACACCAAGGAUCUAGUCAAGCAUGCCCGCGAAGCCCACACCCAGAUCAAAAGAAACGUAGAUGCUAACACAGCAACUUUUACCAAUGUCAUUCUACCCCUUGCUCACAUGGACGACGUUCUGGCUUCCAAGUCCCAUAUCCUUGUUUUCUAUAGAGCCGUCUCGACCAACCCCGAGCUGAGGAAUACCUCCAUCGAGUCCUGGAAUCUGCUUGAUAGCUUCAAUGUCGGGACGACGAUGGAUGAUGGCUUAUUUGCGCUGGUUGAUGCCGUCUUCCAAAGGGUUGAUGAUCUGGAUCUAGAUCCGGAAUCUUAUCGUCUACUGAAGAAGAAAUAUAUGGGGUAUAUCUGA